GGUCACACAAGUAGAAGUAGAAGCAGUCAGCAGCAGCGAGCAAAGGAGAAAAAAUCAUACAUCAGCGAGUGAUACGUAAAUAACGUCGUGAAGGGAAAAAGUGGCGAUUGAAGAAAAGAAAAGAAAAAAAGUAGUUUUCUGGCGAAAAUUUCCACGCGAUUUUUCCGUUUCGGAAGGAAUAUUCCGGAUUGCGGUAACAGUGCCCUAGAAACGUUCCUUGAAGGAGUAGAAGAAGCGGAAAAGACGGACCCCAAAUCUCAAGGAAAGACGGACGGAAAAACUGACGGAUGGUGGCAGUGUAGAAAAUUUUCUGUGGAGUUAUUUUUUCCUCCUGUCCAUUCGCUGGUCAAUUCGUUCGUUCGGUGGGAGGAUUUUUCUUUUUUGGGGGAAAAUAGAAAAGAGGAAAAACGACGACGACGGUGGUGCAGAUUUUUGCAGCGACUUAUCUUCUGGCCUCAAAUGAGGAGAGGAGCAAUAAUUUUUCGGUUUGCUGAUGGGAAGAAAAGAUGUGUCUUGUCUUUUUUUGUGGUGAAGGAAAAGUGGCUUUUUUCUAUUAGGCAGUGAAGAUUUUGCGUAGAAGGGGAAAAUCCAAGGAAAAACAGAAACCUAACACACGGGCGGUGGUGGAAUUGAAGGGGCGGCGGGAGAAGGGGACACAAGUUUCGACAUCGAUUCCGGAUCAAAAUAAAGAAGGAAGGGUCAUUCAUCGGAUUCAGUGCGGAAUGAUUCUUGUAUGCUAGAAAGUGAUUAAAAGAAUUAAUCGCAUUGCUAAUUGGGAAAGUGAUUAAGAGUUUCCCCAAGCAUAAGUGAGAACAGCGCUUAGGGAUCAUCAAGUGAAAGAAGUUCCUGUCUGAAAGAAGAAAAGUCAUCCAUUCAAGGAAUCCACGAUGGCCAAUCCGAGGAAGUUCAGCGAGAAGAUCGCCCUUCACAACCAGAAGCAGGCGGAGGAGACGGCCGAAUUCGAGCGGAUUAUGCGGGAAGUUUCGGAUGUCACGUCCAAGGUUUCGAGGAGCGUCAAUCUUGCCCCAACGCUCGGAGCUCUGGGCGCUUUUCGAGGCGGUUCGCUGCCCAAUGUCAACAACGAUAACGAUAACUUUCAGGAAAAGGGUGACGAAACAACCACACUCACAGAGCUCAAAUCGUACACGCAGCUGGAAAGUGUAAAACACAAAAAGGAGGCUCCCAAAUCAAACACACCAAACCACAGCAGGGAAUCAAGAGGUCGAACACCCGGGGGUCCAAUGCGAAAUCGACAGUCCAGUCGGAACCAUGACACAUCGCCUUACGGUAACAAUUCGGUGCACCUGAUUCCUCCCAUGGAAAACAAUUGGCAUAGGUCUAUCUCGGAUUCUGCUAUCCACCAGAGCUUAUGCCAACAGAAUCAGCUAGAGUCUAAUCACCUGAAUACACACUCACCUUUAACGUUAAGUCCAACAGUUCAAAGAAAGAUUUCAAAUGCUCAAAGUAUCAACAAAGUUCACCAUCAUAUAUCAUCAAACCAUCUCGAGAACUCCGUGCACGACAUUCGGUCUCGAUCAUCGACGUGUGUCGCGAGGUUACCAGGAAUUAACAUUUAUCCCUCACAAAACCACACAGACGCCAUUCAAAUCCCCAUCCCAAGUAAUACGGGUUCGCUGCCGGAUUUGACGUCAGUCGGAUACCCCAUGUACCCGUCACCGUUGGAUCAGGAGUAUGACCAUAAUGUGCACAGCGGUAGUUAUUGUCCAAGUCCCCUUGGAACGUCUCCAUCGUCGUUAUCACCCACAUCGGCUAUGCCUAACCAUCAUCCCCAUCCCCGGCCGAACAACUUCAACGGUGGUGGAGGCGGAGGAGGGGGAGGCGGAAGCUAUCCAAUUCCUACCAGCAGUCAUCCCAACAGUGGCAACGUCAGUCCCAGCAGCAACAACAACAACACCAGUACGACUAACCUUAAUAACGCUACCAAUAACAGCAGUAGUACUACUAACCAUAACAGUGUUAAGAACAGCAACAAGAAGCCGAAAUCUAGUCAGGGUACCAACAACAGUUACGAUGCGAGCCAAUCGCCUCAACCGCAGCAGCAACAGGCCAGCAGCAGCGAAUACCAACCCUAGACCAGAUUAGUUACGAUAAUUUUAGUCAAUUAAACGACGGAAUGUCGUCGCCGAAUCAUCAGAACUCACCCGAAAACAUUAUUUAUGGAUCUCACGGGAACAUUUCACCGCAUAUGAUGCUAGACUACCGAAAUCGGCCAAGUCCUGGUUCCAGUCCUGGUUUGGUGCUCGCGAAUAACCUCGACUCGAACUCUAGUGCACCCUGCAGUCCUGUGUCCCAUAGUAUAGGGAGUAAUAAUGGACAAUCUUAU